AUGUGCCCUGCCAUCGCCCAGAAACUCCGGGCCCGAGUCCAGCAAGAGUUCGAGAUUGCCAAGACCUCACUGACGAUCAACCCCGCGUUUCUCGAGUUGUGGCGGCACAAUUUGUUCGUUGCAAGUGCGGACAACCCCUUCAUUAUCGGGUACACGCCAGAAUCCUCGUACGCGUCGAUUGUUUUCGAGUGCAUAUUCAAGACCAUACUCGAGCAUCACGGCCGGCCAAUUCUAGUAGUCUCCGAGAAGGCUCUGCACGUGAACUAUAAGAACCAUCCGGACGUAUUUAUCUUCUCCAUAUUCGAUGCAGACUGUGACCCAAUGUCGAACCCUGGAUGCCCAGAAAUGAUCGCGCACUAUAUGGAUCAGUACUUGCUCCCGGUGGAUUCUUCCUCGAAGUUGAUGAUGAUAUCUGGUGAAGCCAUCGACACCCAAGCUUUGGAUGAUCGAGUCCCUUUGCUAUCCUCAGUCUCCAGUGUUACACGAACGCAGCACGUGUACUUACCCGUGGUUAGUAUUUCGUUCGCAGAGAGACUGCAGCAUAUUCCCCUGGAUCUACUGACCCCAGCACCACCCGAUCCCAUCAGCCGCCGGUUCUGUGCGUACUUGUACGCGCGCUGUGAGAGGCCGCACCGGGAGCGCAUGUUUGAUCUAUUGAACGCUUUGGAACCGGUCGAUGCGCUGGGGAUAUGCGCAGGGUCGUCAAGACCGCCGGAUAAAGCGUAUAAAGCAUCUCGCUACUUCAAAUGGUUCAACGAUGAGGCCAUCGCCUCGUACCAGCGCUACAAGUUCCUCCUUGAAUGUUUGUCGCUUACAAUCGUCAGUGUCAGCUCUGGCGUUUCAAGGUACCGAAAAGUGCCUUCUCCAUCCGUAAUGUAA